AUGUUUUUCUCUAAGGCCGUCAUUGCUUUUGCUGCCCUCGCCUCUUUCGUUUCAGCACAGUCCGACCAAGUCAAGGUUCAUGUUGUCCAGGCUUUGAACAAGGAUGGAAAGCCAGUCUUCGAACCCGCGGAGAUCCAGGCCGCUGUUGGCGACCUCAUUCAAUUCCAGUUCCAUCCAUUGAAUCACUCUGUCGUUCGAGCUUCUUUCGCCGAUCCAUGCAUCCCAAUCGAGGACUCCCCAGCUGGUAAUGGUACCGUUGGCUUUUUCUCUGGCUUCAUGCCAGUUGCAGAGUCUGCUGAAGUUAUGCCGACCUUUACCAUUCGAGUUGAGAACGACAAGCCGAUCUGGUUCUACUGCUCCCAGGGUAAACAUUGUCAGGCUGGUAUGGUCGGUGCUAUCAACCCAACAGCCGAAAGGACUCUUGCAGACUUCACAUCUCGUGCCGCUCAAGCAGAGGCCAAUUUGUCCCCUGGCCAGAACUCCGCUGGAAACGGUGGAUCCUCCAGCAGCGUUCUCCCAACGCCGACUAACCCGCCAUCCACCCCAACUACGCUCGAGACAUCUGCUGCAAGGACUACUACCGGGGCUGCUCCCAGUAUGACCGACCUUGUCCCACCUAACUCUGCUGCAAGACUCGGAUCGAGCAUGUCUUUGGUUCUUGCUGCCAUUGCUGCUUCCUUCUUCCUUUUGUAA